UGGGGACUAUGAUUACCUCAUCAAGCUCCUGGCACUGGGGGACUCUGGAGUAGGGAAGACUACGUUUCUCUACAGGUAAACACACAACUACUUCUGCUAUAAUAUAGCAUAUACAGUUGAAGUCGGAAGCUUAGCCAAAUACAUUUAAACUCCGUUUUUUUUUUUUUUACAAUUCUUGACAUUUAAUCCUAGUAAAAAUUCCCUGUCUUAGGUCUGUUAGGAUCACCACUUUAUUUUCAGAAUGUGAAAUGUCAGAAUAAUAGUAGAGAUAAUGAUUUAUUUCAGCUUUUAUUUCUUUCAUCACAUUCCCAGUGGGGUCAGAAGUUUACAUACACUCAAUUAGUAUUUGGUAGCAUUGCUUUUAAAUUGUUUAACUUGGGUCAAACGUUUCGGGUAGCCUUCCACAAGCUUCCCACAAUAAAUUGGGUGAAUUUCGGCCCAUUCCUCCUGACAGAGCUGGUGUAAUUGAGUCAGGUUUGUAGGCCUCCUUGCUCGCACACACUUUUUCAGUUCUGCCCACACAUUUUCAAUAGGAUUGAGGUCAGGGCUUUGUGAUGGCCACUCCAAUACCUUGACUUUGUUGUCCUUAAGCCAUUUUGCAACAACUUUGGAAGUAUGCUUGCGGUCAUUGUCCAUUUGGAAGACCCAUUUGCUUUAACUUCCUGACUGAUGUCUUGAGAUGUUGCUUCAAUAUAUCCACAUCAUUUUCCUUCCUCAUGAUGCCAUCUAUUUUGUGAAGUGCACCAGUCCCUCCUGCAGCAAAGCACCCCCACAGCAUGAUGCUGACACCCCCGUGCUUCACGGUUGGGAUUGGUGUUCUUCGACUUGCAAGCGACCCCCUUUUUCCUCCAAACAUAACGAUGAUCAUUAUGGCCAAACAGUUCUAUUUUUGUUUCAUCAGAGCAGAGGACAUUUCUCUGAAAAGUACGAUCUUUGUCCCCAUGUGCAGUUGCAAACUGUAGUCUGGCUUUUUUAUGGCGGUUUUGGAGCAGUGGCUUCUUCCUUGCUGAGCGGCCUUUCAGGUUAUGUCAAUAUAGGACUUGUUUUACUGUGGAGAUACUUUUGUACCUGUUUCCUCCAGCAUCUUCACAAGGUGCUGUUGUUCUGGGAUUGUUCUGGGAUUGAUUUGCACUUUUCGCACCAAAGUAUGUUAAUCUCUAGGAGACAGAACGCGUCUCCUUCCUGAGUGGUAUGACGGCUGCGUGGUCCCAUGGUGUUUAUACUUGCGUACUAUUGUUUGUACAGAUGAACGUGAUACCUUCAGGUGUUUAGAAAUUGCUCCCAAUGAUGAACCAGACUUGUGGAGGUCUACAAUUAAUUUUCUGAGGUCUUGGCUGAUUUCUUUUGAUUUUCCCAUGAUGUCAAGCAAAGAGGCACUGAGUUUGAAGGUAGGCCUUAAAAUACAUCCACAGGUACACCUCCAAUUGACUCAAAUUAUGUCAAUUAGCCUACCAGAACCGUCUACAGCCAUGACAUCAUUUUCUGUAAUUUCCCAAGCUGUUUAAAGGCACCGUCAACUUAGUGUAUGUAAACUUCUGACCCACCGGAAUUGUGAUACAGUGAAUUAUAAGUGAAAUAAUCUGUCUGUAAACAAUUGUUGGGAAAAAUGACUUGUGUCAUGCACAAAGUAGAUGUCCUAUCCGACUUGCCAAAACUAUAGUUUGUUAACAAGAAAUUUGUGGAGUGGUUGAAAAACAAGUUUUAAUGACUCCGACCUACGUGUAUGUAAACUUCCGACUUCAACUGUAUUUAUCAUGUAUUAUGGGGGACUCUGGAGUAGGGAACACUACCCUUCUCUAUAGGUACACACACAACUAAAUAGUUAUUAGGGAUGUGCAUUUUUCCCUUUCAACACGAUUCGAUACGUACAUGGAUCUAGAUACAGUGGGGAAAAAAAGUAUUUAGUCAGCCACCAAUUGUGCAAGUUCUCCCACUUAAAAAGAUGAGAGAGGCCUGUAAUUUUCAUCAUAGGUACACGUCAACUAUGACAGACAAAUUGAGAAAAAGAAAUCCAGAAAAUCACAUUGUAGGAUUUUUAAUGAAUUUAUUUUGCAAAUUAUGGUGGAAAAUAAGUAUUUGGUCACCUACAAACAAGCAAGAUUUCUGGCACUCACAGACCUGUAACUUCUUCUUUUAAGAGGCUCCUCUGUCCUCCACUCGUUACCUGUAUUAAUGGCACCUGUUUGAACUUGUUAUCAGUAUAAAAGACACCUGUCCACAACCUCAAACAGUCACACUCCAAACUCCACUAUGGCCAAGACCAAAGAGCUGUCAAAGGACACCAGAAACAAAAUUGUAGACCUGCACCAGGCUGGGAAGACUGAAUCUGCAAUAGGUAAGCAGCUUGGUUUGAAGAAAUCAACUGUGGGAGCAAUUAUUAGGAAAUGGAAGACAUACAAGACCACUGAUAAUCUCCCUCGAUCUGGGGCUCCACGCAAGAUCUCACCCCGUGGGGUCAAAAUGAUCGCAAGAACGGUGAGCAAAAAUCCCAGAACCACGCAGGGGGACCUAGUGAAUGACCUGCAGAGAGCUGGGACCAAAGUAACAAAGCCUACCAUCAGUAACACACUACGCCGCCAGGGACUCAAAUCCUGCAGUGCCAGACGUGUCCCCCUGCUUAAGCCAGUACAUGUCCAGGCCCGUCUGAAGUUUGCUAGAGUGCAUUUGGAUGAUCCAGAAGAGGAUUGGGAGAAUGUCAUAUGGUCAGAUGAAACCAAAAUAGAACUUUUUGGUAAAAACUCAACUCGUCGUGUUUGGAGGACAAAGAAUGCUGAGUUGCAUCCAAAGAACACCAUACCUACUGUGAAGCAUGGGGGUGGAAACAUCAUGCUUUGGGGCUGUUUUUCUGCAAAGGGACCAGGACGACUGAUCCGUGUAAAGGAAAGAAUGAAUGGGGCCAUGUAUCGUGAGAUUUUGAGUGAAAACCUCCUUCCAUCAGCAAGGGCAUUGAAGAUGAAACGUGGCUCGGUCUUUCAGCAUGACAAUGAUCCCAAACACACCGCCCGGGCAACGAAGGAGUGGCUUCGUAAGAAGCAUUUCAAGGUCCUGGAGUGGCCUAGCCAGUCUCCAGAUUUCAACCCCAUAGAAAAUCUUUGGAGGGAGUUGAAAGUCUGUGUUGCCCAGCGACAGCUCCAAAACAUCACUGCUCUAGAGAAGAUCUGCAUGGAGGAAUGGGCCAAACUACCAGCAACAGUGUGUGAAAACCUUGUGAAGACUUACAGAAAACGUUUGACCUGUGUCAUUGCCAACAAAUGGUAUACAACCAAAGUAUUGAGAAUCUUUUGUUAUUGACCAAAUACUUAUUUUCCACCAUAAUUUGCAAAUAAAUUCAUUAAAAAUCCUACAAUGUGAUUUUCUGGAUAUUUUUUUCUCAUUUUGUCUGUCAUAGUUGACUGUACCUAUACUGAAAAUUACAGGCCUCUCUCAUCUUUUUAAGUGGGAGAACUUGCACAAUUGGUGGCUGACUAAAUACUUUUUUUCCCCACUGUACGUGAGCUCCUAUACAAUACAGGAAUGAUACUUUUCGUUUGAAACGAUUUGGUGCGAUUCGGUUUGAUUUGAGGAACAAAUCGAUGCGAUACGAUUCGAUGCACAAACAUUUGUUGCAUAAACACAUUAAUCUUCCAUUAAAAAUACAAAUCUGCUGCUGUGUGAAUGAUGUACUGCGCCUUCAGAAAGCAUUCACACCCUUUGACCUAUUCUACAUUUACAAGGUGGUAUUAAAAUUGAUUUAAUUGAAAGUGGAAGAAAAAUGUGAACAUUUGUAAAAAUAAAAAUAAAAAAAUAAAACACUAAUAUAUUCAUUGUCUGUUUUUGUCUUUGUGGUUGAAUCUGUGUUUGAAAAUUCACUGCUAGACUGAGGGAUCUUAUAGAGAUGAGGUAGUCAUUCAAAGAUCAUGUUAAACACUAUUAUUGCACACAGAGUGAGUCCAUCCAACUUAUGUGACUUGUUAAGCACAUUUUUUACUCCUGAACUUUAGGCUUGCCAUAACAAAGGGAUUGAAUAUUUAUUGACUCAAGACAUUUCAGCUUUUCAUUUUUAAUUAAUUUGUAAACAUUUCUAAAAACAUAAUUCUACUUUGACAUUAUGGGGUAUUGCGUGUAGGCCAGUGACACAAAAUCUAAAUGUAAUAAUUUUUAAAUUUAGGCUGUAACACAACAAAUAGCGGAAAAAGUCAAGGGGUGGGGAAACUUUCUGAAGGCGCUGUAUUACUUCUAGACUUUACCUGCUUCCCAAAUGACACCCUGUUCCCUUUAUAGUGCACUACUUUUGACCAGAAACCUCUAUAUUUAGGGAAUAGGGUGCCAAUUGGGACACAAUGCAUACGUCUAUGGUGUAUUGAGCCACAAGGGAAACACUAUCAGUUAUUAUAGUAAUACUACUUUCCUCUACAGAUACACAGACAACAAGUUGUUUUAUCUAGUAUGUUAUAUAUAUAUAUAUUAUUAUUAUUAUAUACGACUUUCCUCUACAGAUACAGUGCCUUCGGAAAGUAUCAGACCCCUUAACUUUUACCAAUUUUUUUUUACGUUACAGGCUUAUUCUAAAAUAUAUAUAUUUUUUAAUUUCCCUCAUCUACACACAAUACCCCAUAAUGACAAAUGAAAAACAGGUUUUUAUACAUUUUAGCAAAUUUAUAAAAAAUUAAAAACUGAAAUAUCACAUUUACAUAAGUAUUCAGACCCUUUCCUCAGUACUUUGUUGAAGCACCUUUGGCAGCGAUUACAGCCUCAAGUCUUCUUGGGUAUGACGCUACAAGCUUGGCACACCUGCAUUUGGGGAGUUUCUCCCAUUCUUCUCUGUAGAUCCUCUCAAGCUCUGUCAGGUUGGAUGGGGUGCGUCGCUGCACAGCUAUUUUCAGGUCUUUCCAGAGAUGUUAGAUCGGGUUCAAGUCCGGGAUCUGACUGGGCCACUGAAGGACAUUCAGAGACUUGCGGGAGGAUCUUGUCAAUGAUCUCAAGGCAGCUGGGACCAUAGUCACCAAGAAAACAAUUGGUAACACACUACGCCAUGAAGGACUGAAAUCCUGCAGCGCCCACAAGGUCCCCCUGCUCAAGAAAGCACAUAUACAGGGCCGUCUGAAGUUUGCCAAUGAACAUCUGAAUGAUUCAGAGGAGAACUGGGUGAAAGUGUUGUGGUCAGAUGAGACCAAAAUCGAGCUCUUUGGCAUCAACUCAACUCGCCGUGUUUGGAGGAGGAGGAAUGCUGCCUAUGACCCCAAGAACACCAUCCCCACUGUCAAACAUGGAGGUGAAAACAUUAUGCUUUGGGGGUGUUUUUCUGCUAAGGGGACAGGACAACUUCACCGCAUCAAAGGGACGAUGGACGGGGCCAUGUACCGUCAAAUCUUGGGUGAGAACCUCCUUCCCUCAGCCAGGGCAUUGAAAAUGGGUCGUGGAUGGGUAUUCCAGCAUGACAAUGACCCAAAUCACACGGCCAAGGCAACAAAGGAGUGGCUCAAGAAGAAGCACAUUAAGGUCCUGGAGUGGCCUAGCCAGUCUCCAGACCUUAAUCCCAUAGAAAAUCUGUGGAGGGAGCUGAAGGUUCGAGUUGCCAAACUUCAGCCUCAAAACCUUAAUGACUUGGAGAAGAUCUGCAAAGAGGAGUGGAACAAAAUCCCUCCUGAGAUGUGUGCAAACCUGGUGGCCAACUACAAGAAACAUCUGACCUCUGUGAUUGCCAACAAGGGUUUUGCCACCAAGUACUAAGUCAUGUUUUGCAGAGGGGUCAAAUACUUAUUUCCCUCAUUAAAAUGCAAAUACAUUUAUAAAAUUUUUCACAAAUGCAUUUUUCUGAAUUUUUUUGUUAUUAUUCUGUCUCUCACUGUUCAAAUAAACCUACCAUUAAAAUUAUAGACUGAUCAUGUCUUUGUCAGUGGGCAAACGUACAAAAUCAGCAGGGGAUCAAAUACUUUUUUCCCUCACUGUAUAUAUAAAUUACUUAAAAAUCAUACAAUGUGAUUUUCUGGAUUUUUGUUUUAGAUUCCGUCUCUCACAGUUGAAGUGUACCUAUGAUACAAAUUACAGACCUCUACAUGCUUUGUAAGUAGGAAAACCUGCAAAAUCGGCAGUGUAUCAAAUACUUGUUCUCCCCACUGUAUAUAGACACCCCUUCAAAUUAGUGGAUACGCCUAUUUCAGCCACACCCGUUACUGACAGGUGUAUAACAUCGAGCACACAGCCAUGCAAUCUCCAUAGACAAACAUUGGCAGUAGAAUGGCCUUACUGAAGAGCUCAGUGACUUUCAACGUGGCACCGUCAUAGGAUGCCACCUUUCCAACAAGUCAGUUAGUUAAAUGUCUGCCCUGCUAGAGCUGCCCCGGUCAACUGUAAGUGCUGUUAUUGUGAAGUGGAAAACGUCUAGGAGCAACUACACUCAGCCGCGACGUGGUAGGCCACACAAGCUCACAGAACGGGGCCGCAGAGUGCUGAAGCGCGUAAAAAUUGUCUGUCCUCGGUUGCAACACUCACUACCAAGUUCCAAACUGCCUCUGGAAGCAACGUCAGCACAAGAGCUGUUCGUCGGGAGCUUCAUGAAAAGUGUUUCCAUGGCCGAGAAGCCUCACUAAUGGUCUGGGGCUGUUUUUCAUGGUUCGAGCUAGGUCCCUUAGUUCCAGUGAAGGAAAAUCUUAACGCUACAGCAUACGAUGCCAUUCUAGAAGAUUCUGUACUUCCAACUUUGUGGCAACAGUUUGGGGAAGGCCCUUUCCUGUUUCAGCAUGACAAUGCCCCCGUACACAAAGCGAGGUCCAUACAGAAAUGGUUUGUCGAGAUCGGUGUGGAAGAACUUGACUGGCCUGCACAGAGCCCUGACCUCAACCCCAUCGAACACCUUUGGGAUGAAUUGGAACGCCGACUGCGAGCCAAGGCCUAAUCGCCCAACAUCAGUGCCCGACCUCACUAAUGCUCUUGUGGCUGAAUGGAAGCAAGUCCCCGCAGCAAUGUUCCAACAUCUAGUGGAAAGCCUUCCCAGAAGAGUGGAGGCUGUUAUAGCAGCAAAGGGGGGGACCAACUCCAUAUUAAUGCCCAUGAUUUUGGAAUGACAUGUUCGACGAGAAGGUGUCCACAUACUGUUGGUCAUGUAGUGUACAUUAUUAUUGAAUUAAUACUCCUAUCCUCUUCAGGUACACAGACAACAAGUUCAACCCCAAGUUCAUCACCACGGUGGGAAUAGACUUCAGGGAAAAGAGAGUGGUAAGUACACACACACACACACACACACACACACACACACACACACACACACACACACACACACACACACAUCCUCAUUCUACUCAUCUGUCUCAAAGUGAGCACUUGCACACUCCCGUCAUGCAUUUAAAAGCAUUGGAUUGAAUGAAGCAUUGGCUGUAGACUUUCCACCAUUUGUUAAAUCCAGGAUGUGGAGAUUGGAGGGUGAGAAUCGGUAUGAAGCCAGCGAAGGUAUUACCAUUUAUCCUCCUUCUAAAGACCGUCUCUUUCUCUUCUCUUCAUUCAUGUCAAGUUGACUUACUGGGCUGGGAAGAGGAGCUGUAAAGUUGAAUUAAAUGCACUGUUAAGCCAUGUGACUGUAGUCCUUUAUGACUCCAGUGCUCAGAAUGAAGUACAAUCUCUCCUGUCAAAGACAGCCAACACUUAUCACUGUGACUCUAAACCAUGAUCUGUGCCACUAGGACCAUAAAUGAGAUGUAAGAUGCUGUAAAUGUGACAGUGACUUCUGCUUUAGGAGGAAAACAGAAAGCUUACACCUCUUUAAAGUGCUAGGAGACAGUAGAGCAGGGUACGUGUUAUAGGUACAUUUUCAACCAAAACCUUUCCUCAGUUUUUGGCUUGAGGAAAGAGGUCGUCAUCUUCCUGAGGCUCUUCCAGAUCUGACCUUUGUGUUCACACUGAAAUGAGAUCUGUGACCAUAUGUGAAGCUGGUUAACUCUCUGGCCUCCAGUUAGCAAGUAUUUGAAUCUACAUACUUGAACAUCCAGAUGUGAUGCUUUGAUAAAGGACAGAGUCGUGAAUAGAGUUCAAAUUCCAAGGGAGCUAGGAGGGGCUAGGUACCCACAUAACUAAAAAGGGGGAGGGAGGGAGGGAGGGAGGGAGGGAGGGGGAGGGAGGGAGGGGAGGGAGGGAGGGAGGGGGAGGUGAGGGAGGGGAGGGAGGGAGGGAGGGGGAGGUGAGGGAGGGGGGUGAGGGGGGAGGUGAGGGAGGGAGGGGGAGGUGAGGGAGGGAGGGAGGGGGAGGUGAGGGAGGGAGGUGAGGGGGGAGGUGAGGGGGGAGGUGAGGGAGGGAGGGAUUGGGAGGUGAGGGAGGGAGGUGAGGUAGAGGGAGGUGAGGGAAAGAUGGGGAGGUGAGGGAGGAGGGUGAGGUGAGGGAGGGAGGUGAUGGAGGGAGGUGAGGGGGGAGGUGAGGGAGGGGGGGAGGGAGGGAGGGAGGUGAGGGGGAGGGGGAGGUGAGGGAUGGAGGGGGAAGUGAGGAAGGGAGGGAGGGAGGUGUGGGAGGGGGAGGUGAGGGAAGGAGGGAGGGGGAGGUGAGGGAGGGGGAGGUGAGGGAAGGAGGGAGGGGGAGGUGAGGGAAGGAUGGAGGGGGAGGUGAGGGAAGGAUGGAGGGGGAAGUGAGGAAGGGAGGGAGGGAGGUGAGGUAGGGAGGGGUAGGUGAGGGAGGGGAGGUGAGGAAGGAGGGAGGGGGAGGUGAGGAAGGGAUGGAGGGGGAGGUGAGGAAGGGACAUCCUACCACCUCCUAGAGGGAUCCAAUCCUACCACCUCCUAGAGGGAUCCAAUCCUACCACCUCCUAGAGGGAUCCAAUCCUACCACCUCCUAGAGGGAUCCAAUCCUACCACCUCCUAGAGGGAUCCAAUCCUACCACCUCCUAGAGGGAUCCAAUCCUACCACCUCCUAGAGGGAUCCAAUCCUACCACCUCCUAGAGGAAUCCAAUCCUACCACCUCCUAGAGGGAUCCAAUCCUACCACCUCCUAGAGGUAUCCAAUCCUACCACCUCCUAGAGGGAUCCAAUCCUACCACCUCCUAGAGGGAUCCAAUCCUACCACCUCCUAGAGGGAUCCAAUCCUACCACCUCCUAGAGGUAUCCAAUCCUACCACCUCCUAGAGGGAUCCAAUCCUACCACCUCCUAGAGGGAUCCAAUCCUACCACCUCCUAGAGGGAUCCAAUCCUACCACCUCCUAGAGGUAUCCAAUCCUACCACCUCCUAGAGGGAUCCAAUCCUACCACCUCCUAGAGGGAUCCAAUCCUACCACCUCCUAGAGGGAUCCAAUCCUACCACCUCCUAGAGGGAUCCAAUCCUACCACCUCCUAGAGGGAUCCAAUCCUGUGACGCGGGAACAAAGUGGAUUAUGACACCGUCUGCUGUUUCAGUGAUUUGUCCUCUGAGUCUGAGGCUCACCAGGACAUCAGAUGGUUACUGGCUAGCAUUUGCUUUGCCAUCCAGGAAUACAGUAGCAGGCUACAGCUAGACAAUGCUAAUAUCCACUUGUAAUGUCCAUGAAUACAAAAUACAUCUAUUUACAAUGUAUGGGAGAACUGUGAAGGAUUUUUCUCCCUCACAGUUCUCCCAUACAGACACUGUUCGGUUUCUCUGAAUCUCCUUCUAUUUAAUAGGACCCUGUUUUUUAUAUGUUCACUUGUUGAAAUUGUUCCAGGAUUUUCUUUGGAUUCUGCAGCAAAAGCAAUUUUCCUUUCCCAAGAUAACUGUUUUAUUCUCUGUUGGUAACACCACCUUCAAAACAGGGUUUGCUUUCUGUUUGUUUUAAACCCAGACCCCUGCUCUGGAUAGAUGGCGUGUAGAUAAGGAGUAGUUUAGGCAACUGUCUUAAUCGUGUGUGUGUGUGUGUGUGUGUGUGUGUGUGUGUGUGUGUGUUUCAGGUGUACACAACGUCGGGCCCCAAUGGAACCACAGGGAAGACCUUUAAAGUUCACCUCCAGCUCUGGGAUACGGCUGGACAGGAGAGGUACUGGAGCUGUAUAAGGCGUUGUUAAUGUUUAUUAUCAAAAAAGGGGAAUGAAUAUAAUUACUGCACCUACAUUACUAUGCACUGCUCUCCUCUUAGCUCUGCUUUACAUUUUAGACAAACCGCUGCUGCAAUUGCAGUUUGUAGGUCAGUAUUAUUAUUUAUUUUUUUGUCAUUUAGCAUAAGCUCUUAUCCAGAGCGACUUGCAGGAGCAAUUAGGGUUAAGUGCCUUGCUCAAGGGCACAUCGACAGAUUUUUCACCCUAGUCGGCUCAGGGAUUAGAACCAGCGACCUUUCAGUUACUGGCACAACGCUCUUAACCAGUAAAGCUACCUGCCGCCCUAAAAACGGACCUUGUUUAACAACGGUGUCUCAAGCUCUCACAACGUGAGAUUCUCUCAACGUAUCACUCCCCCUUGCAUUGUGAGAAUGACGCUCGAUGUAGUUCCACAAGGCCUUGACAAGCCUUAACAAUUAAACAUCUUCACAAAGCCUGCCUGUGUUGCUAACGGCUGAGACCCCUCCGUUUGUACGAGACAGAAACCGAAGCGUCUUUUUGAUGUGGAAAAUAACCCUCUCAGAGAACACAGCAUCAAAAUGAGACGAACUGAGUUUGCGUCACAAAUGGCACCCUAUUCCCUAUACAGUACACUACUUUUGACCAGAUCUCUGUGGGCCCUGGUCAAAAGUAGUGCACUACAUAGGGAAUAGGGUGUAAUUUGGGACACUUGUAGUAUGUAUUGAUGACUCAUCAGUGGUAUAAUAUAGUAUGUAUUGAUGACUCAUCAGUGUUAUAAUAUAGUAUGUAUUGAUGACUCAUCAGUGGUAUAAUAUAGUAUGUAUUGAUGACUCAUCAGUGGUAUAAUAUAGUAUGUAUUGAUGACUCAUCAGUGGUAUAAUAUAGUAUGUAUUGAUGACUCAUCAGUGGUAUAAUAUAGUAUGUAUUGAUGACUCAUCAGUGGUAUAAUAUAGUAUGUAUUGAUGACUCAUCAGUGGUAUAAUAUAGUAUGUAUUGAUGACUCUUCAGUGGUAUAAUAUAGUAUGUAUUGAUGACUCAUCAGUGGUAUAAUAUAGUAUGUAUUGAUGACUCAUCAGUGGUAUAAAAUAGUAUGUAUUGAUGGCUCUUCAGUGGUAUAAUAUAGUAUGUAUUGAUGACUCAUCAGUGGUAUAAUAUAGUAUGUAUUGAUGACACAUCAGUGGUAUAAUAUAGUAUGUAUUGAUGACUCAUCAGUGGUAUAAUAUAGUAUGUAUUGAUGACUCAUCAGUGGGAUAAUAUAGUAUGUAUUGAUGACUCAUCAGUGGUAUAAUAUAGUAUGUAUUGAUGACUCAUCAGUGGUAUAAUAUAGUAUGUAUUGAUGACUCAUCAGUGGUAUAAUAUAGUAUGUAUUGAUGACUCAUCAGUGGUAUAAUAUAGUAUGUAUUGAUGACUCAUCAGUGGUAUAAUAUAGUAUGUAUUGAUGACUCAUCAGUGGUAUAAUAUAGUAUGUAUUGAUGACUCAUCAGUGGUAUAAUAUAGUAUGUAUUGAUGACUCAUCAGUGGUAUAAUAUAGUAUGUAUUGAUGACUCAUCAGUGGUAUAAUAUAGUAUGUAUUGAUGACUCAUCAGUGGUAUAAUAUAGUAUGUAUUGAUGACUCAUCAGUGGUAUAAUAUAGUAUGUAUUGAUGACUCAUCAGUGGUAUAAUAUAGUAUGUAUUGAUGACUCAUCAGUGGUAUAAUAUAGUAUGUAUUGAUGACUCAUCAGUGGUAUAAUAUAGUAUGUAUUGAUGACUCUUCAAUGGUAUAAUAUAGUAUGUAUUGAUGACUCAUCAGUGGUAUAAUAUAGUAUGUAUUGAUGACUCAUCAGUGGUAUAAUAUAGUAUGUAUUGAUGACUCAUCAGUGGUAUAAUAUAGUAUGUAUUGAUGACUCAUCAGUGGUAUAAUAUAGUAUGUAUUGAUGACUCAUCAGUGGUAUAAUAUAGUAUGUAUUGAUGACUCAUCAGUGGUAUAAUAUAGUAUGUAUUGAUGACUCAUCAGUGGUAUAAUAUAGUAUGUAUUGAUGACUCUUCAGUGGUAUAAUAUAGUAUGUAUUGAUGACUCAUCAGUGGUAUAAUAUAGUAUGUAUUGAUGACUCAUCAGUGGUAUAAUAUAGUAUGUAUUGAUGACUCAUCAGUGGUAUAAUAUAGUAUGUAUUGAUGACUCAUCAGUGGUAUAAUAUAGUAUGUAUUGAUGACUCAUCAGUGGUAUAAUAUAGUAUGUAUUGAUGACUCAUCAGUGGUAUAAUAUAGUAUGUAUUGAUGACUCAUCAAUGGUAUAAUAUAGUAUGUAUUGAUGACUCUUCAGUGGUAUAAUAUAGUAUGUAUUGAUGACUCAUCAGUGGUAUAAUAUAGUAUGUAUUGAUGACUCAUCAGUGGUAUAAUAUAGUAUGUAUUGAUGACUCAUCAGUGGUAUAAUAUAGUAUGUAUUGAUGACUCUUCAGUGGUAUAAUAUAGUAUGUAUUGAUGACUCUUCAGUGGUAUAAUAUAGUAUGUAUUGAUGACUCAUCAGUGGUAUAAUAUAGUAUGUAUUGAUGACUCAUCAGUGGUAUAAUAUAGUAUGUAUUGAUGACUCAUCAGUGGUAUAAUAUAGUAUGUAUUGAUGACUCAUCAGUGGUAUAAUAUAGUAUGUAUUGAUGACUCAUCGGUGGUAUAAUAUAGUAUGUAUUGAUGACUCUUCAGUGGUAUAAUAUAGUAUGUCAUGUGUGUAUACUUCAAGUCAUUUCUGAAAGGGUCUUCACUAUGCCAGAAGAACAUCUUCACUAUGCCAGAAGGACAUCUUCACUAUGCCAGAAGGACAUCUUCAAUUCUCUAAAUUGAAAGAUAAUUUCACAUUUGUGAAUUGAAUCACUUGCAAGCAGGAAGCCACUCUGGCAAUCUUGCAACAGCCAUAUGGUCAUUUGGCAAAUGCUUUUAUCCAAAAGCGACUUAAAGAACUGUCUCCUUUUAUCCAAAAGCGACUUAAAGAACAUCUCCUUUUAUCCAACAGCUACUUAAAGAACGUCUCCAUUAGCAGAUAUAUUCAGUAAAGGUGGCCCAUGUGGGAAUCAAACCCACAACCCUGCUGUUACUAACCUCCAUGCCCUAACCCACUGAGUGGUUGCGCCCCUCCUCUUCCCAGGUUCAGGAGUCUAACCACAGCCUUCUUCAGAGAUGCCAUGGGCUUCCUGCUCAUGUUUGACCUCACCAGCCAACAGAGCUUUCUGAACGUCCGCAACUGGAUGAGUAAGUAGUGGUCUAAGUAUCCAGUGCCUACACACACACACACACACACACACACACACACACACCCACACCCACACACACACACACACACACACACACACACACACACACAAUCCUGAGAGAAUAUGCCAUUUAGCAGACGCUUUUAUCCAAAGUGACUAACAGUCAUGUGUGCAUAAAUGUUUUAUGUGGAUGGCCCCAGCAGGAAUCGAACCCACAACCCUUGGCGAUGUAAGCUUCCAACUGAGCUACACACGACCACUUUACAAGACCCAUAUCUUCAAAACACUGGCGUGCUUCAACCUGAAUGGUACAGAACGUGGCCAUGCCAGGCCAGGGUUGGCCAUUCAGUCUAUUCACUUUAUUCAAUUGAAUAGAAUUACAAAGUUUCCCCCCUUACCUUUACUUAACCAGUCAAUUAACAACUCAUUCUUAUUGACAAUGACGGCCUGACAUUUGAAAAUAAGACAUUUUAAUUAAGGAGGUAUUGGAAGACCAGACAGGUCCUCAGUGGAUCAAUAUGAAUCAAUACUGUAAUCAUUGAGGAGGUAUUGGAAGACCAGACAGGUCCUCAGUGGAUCAAUAUGAAUCAAUACUGUAAUCAUUGAGGAGGUAUUGGAAGACCAGACAGGUCCUCAGUGGAUCAAUAUGAAUCAAUACUGUAAUCAUUAAGGAGGUAUUGGAAGACCAGACAGGUCCUCAGUGGAUCAAUAUGAAUCAAUACUGUAAUCAUUAAGGAGGUAUUGGAAGACCAGACAGGUCCUCAGUGGAUCAAUAUGAAUCAAUACUGUAAUCAUUAAGGAGGUAUUGGAAGACCAGACAGGUCCUCAGUGGAUGUAUGCACUCACUAACUGUAAGUCGCUCUGGAUAAGAGUGUCUGCUAAAUGACUAAAAUGUAAAAUGUAAAAUGUAUCCUGUACUCUAAUCAUGUUGGCUUUAGAUUUAGCACACAGCGCUUCACAUGUAAUGACUGUAAUAACUGUUUAAUGUUGUCCCCUGGCCAGCUGGAGGCCAAUGUUAACUGUUUCAUGUUGUCCCCAGGCCAGCUGCAGGCCAAUGUUAACUGUUUCAUGUUGUCCCCAGGCCAGCUGCAGGCCAAUGUUAACUGUUUCAUGUUGUCCCCAGGCCAGCUGCAGGCCAAUGUUAACUGUUUCAUGUUGUCCCCAGGCCAGCUGCAGGCCAAUGUUAACUGUUUCAUGUUGUCCCCAGUCCAGCUGCAGGCCAAUUUUAACUGUUUCAUGUUGUCCCCAGGCCAGCUGCAGGCCAAUGUUAACUGUUUCACGUUGUCCCCAGGCCAGCUAAUGCCAAUGUUAACUGUUUCAUGUUGUCCCCAGUCCAGCUGCAGGCCAAUGUUAACUGUUUCACGUUGUCCCCAGGCCAGCUAAUGCCAAUGUUAACUGUUUCAUGUUGUCCCCAGGCCAGCUGCAGGCCAAUGUUAACUGUUUCAUGUUGUCCCCAGUCCAGCUGCAGGCCAAUGUUAACUGUUUCAUGUUGUCCCCAGUCCAGCUGCAGGCCAAUGUUAACUGUUUCACGUUGUCCCCAGGCCAGCUGCAGGCCAAUGUUAACUGUUUCAUGUUGUCCCCAGGCCAGCUGCAGGCCAAUGUUAACUGUUUCAUGUUGUCCCCAGGCCAGCUGCAGGCCAAUGCUUACUGUGAGAACCCAGACAUUGUGUUGGUGGGCAACAAGGCAGACCUGGCGGACCAGAGAGAGGUGCAGGAGAAGCACGCUAAGGAACUAGCCGACAAGUACGGGUGAGUAUGCGCACGCAAGCACAAACCCACGGAGAAGAGAGAGCCAGAACCCCCAACAGACCUAAUGAGCAUUAGGUUAGUCUAACCUCAGAAUAUCAACAACUGUGGUCUAAAGUAGGGUACAGCUGAGAAAGGGCAACGUGGCUUUUACUGUUGCUGAGGCUGCAGUCAUAGUGCUAGUGAUGAUGGUAUUGUCCAGGGGUUUUAUUGUUGUCGAGCUCUCACUCUCCAUAUAAUCAGUGAUCAAUACUUCUACUGAAUAUGUCUCCUCUGUCGUUUAUGAGUGCUGGGCUUGUCAUUCAGAGCUCUGUGUUUGUGUGUGUGUGAUUGUUUGUUUGUUUGUUUGUUUGUUUGUGUGUGUGUUGUCAUUGAGAGCUGUACAUAAGGAGACUUUGUGAUCUUGAUGUAAAUGUAUUUCCAAAGAGUGACCUGGUUGUUAUCUCUUUAGGGUACCCAGGUUUGCCAGUGUAAUGUGAUAUCUCUUUAGGGUACCCAGGUUUGCCAGUGUAAUGUGAUAUCUCUUUAGUGUCACGAUCGUUACACGUUGAAGCGGACCAAGGCGCAGCGUGAUAAGCGUACAUUCUUUAUUAAGUACACACACGAACCAAAACAACAUUUUACAUUUACAUUUUAGUCAUUUAGCAGACGCUCUUAUCCAGAGCGACUUACAGGAGCAAUUAGGGUUAAGUGCCUUGCUCAAGGGCACAUUUACGUCAUUUAGCAGACGCUCUUAUCCAGAACGACUCACAAAUUGGUGCAUUCACCCUAUAGCCAGUGGGAAAACCACUUUACAAUUUUUUUUUGGGGGGGGUAGAAGGAUUACUUUAUCCUAUCCCAGGUAAUCCUUAAAGAGGUGGGGUUUCAAAUGUCUCCGGAAGGUGGUGAGUGACUCCGCUGUCCUGGCGUCGUGAGGGAGCUUGUUCCACCAUUGGGGUGCCAGAGCAGCGAACAGUUUUGACUGGGCUGAGCGGGAACUAUGCUUCCGCAGAGGAAGGGGAGCCAGCAGGCCAGAGGUGGAUGAACGCAAUGCCCUCGUUUGGGUGUAGGGACUGAUCAGAGCCCGAAGGUACAGAGGUGCCGUUCCCCUCACUGCUCCAUAGGCAAGCACCAUGGUCUUGUAACGGAUGCAAGCUUCAACUGGAAGCCAGUGGAGUGUGCGGAGGAGGGGGGGUGACGUGAGAGAACUUGGGAAGGUUGAACACCAGACGGGCUGCGGCAUUCUGGAUGAGUUGUAGGGGUUUAAUGGCACAGGCAGGGAGGCCAGCCAACAGCGAGUUGCAGUAGUCCAGACGGGAGAUGACAAGUGCCUGGAUUAGGACCUGUGCCGCUUCCUGUGUAAGGCAGGGUCGUACUCUCCGAAUGUUGUAGAGCAUGAACCUGCAGGAGCGGGUCACCGCCUUGAUGUUAGCGGAGAACGACAGGGUGUUGUCCAGGGUCACGCCAAGGCUCUUCGCACUCUGGGAGGAGGACACAACGGAGUUGUCAACCGUGAUGGCGAGAUCAUGGAACGGGCAGUCCUUCCCCGGGAGGAAGAGCAGCUCCGUCUUGCCAGGGUUCAGCUUGAGGUGGUGAUCCGUCAUCCAUACUGAUAUGUCUGCCAGACAUGCAGAGAUGCGAUUCGCCACCUGGUUAUCAGAAGGGGGAAAGGAGAAGAUUAGUUGUGUAUCGUCAGCGUAGCAAUGAUAGGAGAGGCCAUGUGAGGAUAUGACAGAGCCAAGUGACUUGGUGUAUAGGGAGAAAAGGAGAGGGCCUAGAACUGAGCCCUGGGGGACACCAGUGGUGAGAGCACGUGGUGCGGAGACAGCUUCUCGCCACGCCACUUGGUAGGAGCGACCGGUCAGGUAGGACGCAAUCCAGGAGUGAGCCGCGCCGGAGAUGCCCAGCUCGGAGAGGGUGGAGAGGAGGAUCUGAUGGUUCACAGUAUCAAAGGCAGCAGACAGGUCUAGAAGGACAAGAGCAGAGGAGAGAGAGUUAGCUUUAGCAGUGCGGAGAGCCUCCGUGACACAGAGAAGAGCAGUCUCAGUUGAAUGACCAGUCCUGAAACCUGACUGGUUUGGAUCAAGAAGGUCAUUCUGAGAGAGAUAGCAAGAGAGUUGGCUAAAGACGGCACGCUCAAUAGUUUUGGAAAGAAAAGAAAGAAGGGAUACUGGUCUGUAGUUGUUGACAUCAGUGGGAUCGAGUGUUGGUUUUUUGAGAAGGGGAGCGACUCUCGCUCUCUUGAAGAAGGAAGGGACAUGGCCAGCGGUCAAGGAUGAGUUGAUCAGCGAGGUGAGGUAGGGGAGAAGGUCACCGGAGAUGGUCUGGAGAAGAGAGGAGGGGAUGGGGUCAAGCGGGCAGGUUGUUGGGCGGCCUGCAGUCACAAGUCGCAGGAUUUUAUCUGGAGAGAGAGGGGAGAAAGAAGUCAAAGCAUAGGGUAGGGCAGUGUGAGUAGGACCAGCAGUGUCAUUAGACUUAACAAACGAGGAUCGGAUGUCGUCAACCUUCUUUUCAAAGUGGUUGACGAAGUCAUCCACAGAGAGAGAGGAGGGGGGGGGGGAUUCAGCAGGGAGGAAAAAGUGGCAAAGAGCUUCCUAGGGUUAGAGGCAGAUGCUUGGAAUUUAGAGUGGUAGAAAGUGGCCUUAGCAGCAGAAACAGAUGAAGAAAAUGUAGAGAGGAGGGAGUGAAAAGAUGCCAGGUCGGCAGGGAGUUUAGUUUUCUUCCAUUUCCGCUCCGCUGCCCGGAGCUCUGUUCUGUGAGCUCGCAAUGAGUCAUCAAGCCACGGAGCUGGAGGGGAGGACCGAGCCGGCCGGGAGGAUAGGGGACACAGAGAGUUAAAGGAUGCAGAAAGGGAGGAGAGGAGGGUUGAGGAGGCAGAAUCAGGAGAUUGGAGGGAGAAGGAUUGAGCAGAGGGAAGAGAUGAUAGGAUGGAAGAGGAGAGAGUAGUGGGAGAGAGAGAGCGAAGGUUGCGGCGGCGCAUUACCAUCUGUGUAGGGGCAGAGUGAGUAGUGUGGGAGGAGAGCGAGAGAGAAAAGGAAACAAAGUAGUGGUCGGAGACAUGGAGGGGAGUUGCAGUGAGAUUAGUAGAAGAGCAGCAUCUAGUAAAGAUGAGGUCAAGCGUAUUGCCUGCCUUGUGAGUAGGGGGGGACGGUGAGAGGGUGAGGUCAAAAGAGGAGAGGAGUGGAAAGAAGGAGGCAGAGAGAAAUGAGUCAAAUGUAGACAUAGGGAGGUUGAAAUCCCCCAAAACUGUGAGGGGUGAGCCAUCCUCAGGAAAGGAACUUAUCAAGGCGUCAAGCUCAUUGAUGAACUCUCCAAGGGAACCUGGAGGGCGAUAGAUGACAAGGAUAUUAAGCUUAAAUGGGCUAGUGACUGUGACAGCAUGGAAUUCAAAUGAGGAGAUAGACAGAUGGGUUAGGGGAAAAAUUGAGAAUGUCCACUUGGGAGAGAUGAGGAUUCCUGUGCCACCACCCCUCUGACCAGAUGCUCUCGGGGUAUGCGAGAACACAUGGUCAGACGAGGAGAGAGCAGUAGGAGUAGCAGUGUUUUCAGUGGUAAUCCAUGUUUCCGUCAGCGCCAGGAAGUCGAGGGACUGGAGGUUAGCAUAGGCUGGGAUGAAGUCAGCUUUGUUGGCAGCAGAAUGGCAGUUCCAGAGGCUGCCUGAGACCUGGAACUCCAGGUGUGGGGUGCGUGCAGGGACCACCAGGUUAGAGAGGCAGCAGCCACGCGGUGUGGGGCGUUUGUGUAGCCUGUGCAGAGAGGAGAGAACAGGGAUAGGCAGAGGCAUAGUUGACAGGCUGUAGCAAAUGGCUACAAUAAUGCAGAGGAGAUCGGAAUGAAAUGAGCUAAACAUCAGGGAGAGGAGAGAGCAGGGCCCUCUCACCAAAAACUUCUACCUCAGAAACUAUAAUUGUUUCACUGAACCACCCGAACAAAAACUCUACCAACUUCCACCUUUAGAAAUCAGAAUUGUUGUGAACCACAGCGGUUCAAUGUUUAAAGGAAUAGACUCAACCCACUUUAUUCAGCUAGCUAACUAUGACACCAUAGCUAACUAGCAUGCUAGCAUCCAAUAACACACCGUUUAGCACCAACACUUGGUCACAACAAACCACCAAUAGUGUGUUAACACACUAAGCAGAUAAUUCGUGUCCGUGUCUAGUUCCUAUCAUAACGCAGCAAUAAUUAAACGUUGGCUAGCUAGCACAAAUAUAUUGUAUUUUAGCUACUACAGUACAGUUAGCUGGUCGUGUUGGCUAGCUAGCAAUGGCCACUGUGUUGACUUUGUUUGAAGAACGGCUAGCUAGCUAGCUUCGUGCUACCCCCGGCACCGCCGAAAAACAAUGCCAACCUACAGUAACUACCCACAACAGCCCACGAUGCCUAGCUAUGACGCCAUAGCUAACUAGCAUGCUAGCAUCCAAUAACACACAGUUUAGCACCAAUACUUGGUUACAACAAACUACCAAGAGUGUGUUAACACACUAAACAGAUAAUUCAUGUCCGUGUCUAGUUCCUUUCAUAACGCAGCAAAAAUUAAACGUUGGCUAGCUGGCACAUUAACAUUGGAAACAACUCUCCACCGUUGCACUAAACAGAUAAUUACCAAUAAACGUUACCAGUAGCUACCCGCUAGCUAGCCAGCAUACCAAGAGUGUGUUAACACACUAAACAGAUAAUUCAUGUCCGUGUCUAGUUCCUUUCAUAACGCAGCAAAAAUUAAACGUUGGCUAGCUGGCACAUUAACAUUGGAAACAACUCUCCACCGUUGCACUAAACAGAUAAUUACCAAUAAACGUUACCAGUAGCUACCCGCUAGCUAGCUAGCCUCGUGCUUCGCCGUGCUCCGCCGUAAACAAUACUUACCUACAAUAAUUACCUACGGAAACCUACAAUAACUACCUAAAUAACUACCUAAAUAAACUACCUACAAUACCUACUACAACUACCUACCUACGAUCUAAAUACAUGGUUUAAGCUUUACUCAACACCAUAUGAGAAGCCAAGCUUAACAACAAACGAUACGUGAAGUCCUAGGUUAUAAACACCAAACCUUUACGGAUCAAGAUCCCACAAAAUACUAGUGCCAAACAGGCUGCCUAAGUAUGGUCCCCAAUCAGAGUCAACGAGCUACAGCUGCCUCUGAUUGGGAACCACCCUGGGCAACAUAGAUCAAAACGAACUAGAACCAAAAACAUAGAAAACAAAACAUAGAAAAUCCACACCCUGGCUCAACAUAUAAGAGUCCCCAGAGCCAGGGCGUGACAUUUAGAGUACCCAGGUUUGCCAGUGUAAUAUAAUUUGAUCAUGACAGGACAUUAUUUUCUCUGAACGCUUUCUCCUUUCUAGUCCCUCUUUUGUUUUGUUUUUCAAAUGUUUGUUUAUUUUUCUCAUUGACUAUUAGCUCCACAGAUGUUACAUACUCUCUGAUGUGAUCUGGGUUCUCUGUCCUGUCUGAUAUGGGUUCUCUGUCCUGUCUGAUCUGGGUUCUCUGUCCUGUCUGAUCUUGGUUCUCUGUCCUAUCUGAUCUGGGUUCUGUAUGUCCUGUCUGAUCUGGGUUCUGUUUGUCCCCUGUCGGAUCUGGGUUCUGUUUGUCCUUUCUGAUAUGGAUUCUGUAUGUCCCCUGUCUGAUCUGGAUUCUAUUUGUCCCCUGUCUCAUCUGGGUUCUCUGUCCUGUCUGAUCUGGGUUCUCUGUCCUUUCUUAUAUUGGUCCUCUGUCCGGUCUGAUCUGGGUUCUGUAUCUCCUGUCUGAUCUGGGUUCUGCAUGUCCUGUCAGAUCUGGGUUUGUAUUUGUAUUUAUUAUGGAUCCCCAUUAGCAACUACUCUUCCUGGGGUCCAGAAAAAUUAAGGCAGUUAAUACAAUUUUAAAACAUUAAAAUACAUUCACAGAUUUCACAACACACUGUGUGCCCUCUGGCCCCUACUCCACUACCACAUAUCUACAGGACAACAUCCAUGUGUACGUGUGUAUAGAGCGUAUGUUAUCAUGUGUAUGUGUAUGCAUGUGUCUGUGCCUGUGUUUGUGUUGCUUCCCUGUUCCAUCAGGUGUUUUUUUAAUCUGUUUUUUAAAUCUAAAUGUACUGCUUGUAUCAGUUAAUUGAUGUGGAAUAGAGUUCCAUGUAGUCUUGGCUCUAUGUAGUACUUUGCGCCUCCCAUAGUCUGUUCUGGACUUGGGGACUGUGAAGAGACCUCUGGUGGCAUGUCUUGUGGGGUAUGCAUGAGGUGUCCGAGCUGUGUGCCAGUAGUUCAAACAGACAGCUCGGUGCAUUCAGCAUGUCAACACCUCUCACAAAUACAAGUAGUGAUGAAGUCAAUCUCUCCUCCACUUUGAGCCAGGAGAGAUUGACAUGCAUAUUAUUAAUGUUAGCUCUCUGUCUACAUCCAAAGGCCAGCCGUGCUGCCCUGUUCUAAGCCAAUUGCAAUUUUACUAAGUCCUUUUUUGUGGCACCUGACCACACGACUGAACAGUAGUCCAGGUGCGACAAAACUAGGGCCUGUAGGACCUGCCUUGUUGAUAGUGCUGUUAAGAAGGUAGAGCAGCGCUUUAUUAUGGACAUACUUCUCCCCAUCUUAGCUACUGUUGUAUCAAUAUGUUUUGACCAUGACAGUUUACAAUCCAGGGUUACUCCAAGCAGUUUAGUCACCUCAACUUGCUCAAUUUCCACAUUAUUUAUUACAAGAUUAAGUUGAGGUUUAGGGUUUAGUGAAUUUUUUGUCCCAAAUACAAUGAUUUUAGUUUUAGAAAUAUUUAGGACUAACUUAUUCCUUGCCAUCCACUCUGAAACUAACUGCAACUCUUUGUUAAGUGUUGCAGUCAUUUCAGUCGCUGUAGUAGCUGACAUGUAUUGUGUUGAGUCAUCCACAUACAUAGACACUCUGGUUUUACUCAAAGCCAGGGGCAUGUCAUUAUUAAAGAUUGAAAAAAGUAAUGGGCCUAGACAGCUGCCCUGGGGAAUUCCUGAAUCUACCUGGAUUAUGUUGCAGAGGCUUCAUUAAAGAACACCCUCUGUGUUCUGUUAGACAGGUAACUCUGUAUUUACAAUAUAGCAGGGGGUGUAAAGCCAUAACACAUACGUUUUUCCAGCAGCAGACUAUGAUCGAUUAUGUCAAAAGCCUCACUGAAGUCUAACAAAACAGCUCCUACAAUCGUUUUAUCAUCAAUUUCUCUCAGGCAAUCAUCAGUCAUUUGUGUAAGUGCUGUGCUUGUUGAAUGUCCUUCCCUAUAAGCAUGCUGAAAGUCUGUUGUCAAUUUGUUUACUGUAAAAUAGCAUUGUAUCUGGUCAAACACCAUUUUUUACAAAAGUUUACUACGGGUUGGUAACAGGCUGAUUGGUCGGCUAUUUGAGCCAGUAAAGGGGGCUUUACUAUUCUUAGGUAGGGGAAUGACUUUUGCUUCCCUCCAAGCCUGGGGGCACACACUUUCUAGUAGGCUUAAAUUGAAAAUAUGGCAAAUAGGAGUGGCAAUAUCGUCUGCUAUUAUCCUCAGUAAUUUUCCAUCCAAGUUGUCAGACCCCAGUGGCUUGUCAUUGUUGAUAGACAACAUUACUUUUUUUCACCUCCUCCACACUCACUUUACGGAAUUCAAAAUUACAAUGCUUGUCUUUCAUAAUUUGGUCAGAUAUACUUGGAUGUGUAGUGUCAGCGUUUGUUGCUGGCAUGUCAUGCCUAAAUUUGCUAAUCUUGCCAAUGAAAAAAUCCUUGAAGUAGUGUGCAAUAUCAGUUGGUUUUGUGAUAAAUGAGCCAUCUGAUUCAAUGAAUUAAAUUAUUAAAUGAAAUUUUCAUCUAAGGUGCUCCAAAGCUUUUUACUAUCAUUCUUUAUGUCAUUUAUCUUUGUUUCAUAGUGUAGUUUAUUCUUCUUUUUAUUCAGUUUAGUCACAUGAUUUCUCAAUUUGCAGUACGUUUGCCAAUCGGUUGUGCAGCCAGACUUAUUUGCCAUUCCUUUUGCCUCAUCCCUCUCAACCAUACCAUUUUUCAAUUCCUCAUCAAUCCACUGGGAUUUAACAGUUUAUAUAGUCAUUUUCUAAAUGGGUGCAUGCUUAUUAGUAACUGGAGUAAGCAAUUUCAUAAAUGUGUCAAGUGCAGCGUCUGGUUGCUCCUCAUUACACACCACAGACCAACACAUUAUUUACAGCAACAACAUAGGAAUCACUACAAACCUUAUUGUAUGACCUCUUAUACAUUAUAUUAGGCCCAGCCUUUGGAACUUUGGUUUUCCUAGAUAUGGUUACUAUAUUGUGAUCACUACAUCCGAUGGAUCUGGAUACUGCUUUCAAGCAAAUUUCUGCAGCAUUAGUAAAGAUGUGAUCAAUACAUGUUGAUUCUUUAAUUCCUGUACCGUUUGUAACUACCCUGGUAAGUUUACUGAUAACCUGAACCAGGUUGCAGGCACUGGUUACAGUUCGAAGCUUUUUCUUGAGUGGGUAGCUUGAUGAAAGACAGUCAAUAUUUAAAUCACCCAGAAAAUAUACCUCUCUGUUGAUAUCACAUACAUUAUCAAGCGUUUCACACAUUAUCCAGAUACUGACUGUUAGCACUUGGUGGUCUAUAGCAGCUUCCCACCAGAAUGGGUUCUGUAUGUCUUGUCUGAUCUGGGUUCUGUAUGUCCUGUCUGAUUUGGGUUCUGUAUGUCCUGUCUGAUCUGGGUUCUGUAUGUCCCCUGUCUGAUCUGGGUUCUAUAUGUCCCCUGUCUGAUCUGGGUUCUGUAUGUCCUGUCUGAUCUGGGUUCUGUAUGUCCUGUCUGAUCUGGGUUCUGUAUGUCCUGUCUUAUAUGGAUUCCGUUUGUCCGAUGUCUGAUAUGGGUCCUCUGUCCUGUCUGAUCUGGGUUAUAUAUGUCCCCUGUCUUAUCUGGGUUCUGUGUGUCCUGUCUUAUAUGGGUUCUCUGUCCUGUCUGACCUGCCAUCUGUAUGUCCCCUGUCUGAUAUGGGUUCUCUGUCCUGUCUGAUAUGGGUUCUGUAUGUCCUGUCUGAUCUGGGUUCUCUAUGUCCUCUGUAGGAUCCCGUACUUUGAGACGUCGGCAGCGACGGGGUCUGAGGUGGACAAGGCGGUCAUCACCCUACUAGACCUGGUCAUGAAGAGGAUGGAGCAGUGUGUCGACAAGCCCACCGCCGAGCCCGCCAACGGGGGAGGAACCACCAAGCUGGAGGACGCUGCGCCUGACCAGAAGAAGUGUGCAUGCUAGACCUGGCCCCUCCCACGUCCCCUUCUCCCUACUCUGGUUGGUCCUCUAGUGCGCCCUCUGGUGGCCAGACACAGAAGGGCAGCAGCGUGGCCACAGCAUGAUGUGUGAUGGGGCAGCUCAGUCAGCCACACUGCAAUGGGGCUGUGGUUCUGGCCUUGCAUGGCCUGUGUGUACUGUGCUGGACCUGGCUAAUGUGUCUCUCCUGCCUGUCCUGUGUUGUGUUGUGUUGCGUCCCAAAUGUCACCCUGUUCCCUAUAUAGGGCAUUACUUUUGACCAGAGCCCAUAGGGUGUGCACUAUGUACAUUUACCUUGGACAUAAUGGCCAACACAGCGGGACGAGGUUGAGCUGAGUUCAUUAUUUCCAAGUUAACGUACAGAACGGAGGCAUUUAUCCCGCUUAUACCACAGUUGCCAAACAAUACUAAAGCACACAUUUUCUGGUAGAAUUUUUUUCAUAGAUAUUUUAAUUAAUUAAAAGUAAAUUCAUACUUUUUCAUCCUCCCAUCAAACCUGAUGGUUAGUCUGUUGCCAGGGAUGCGACCCAGCUGUUCAUUCUUUCUGUUCUAUGUCUAUUGA